CACCCCCGCUGCCGCCGCCCCCUCCCCUCCGCUCCCCAAAGAAGUCCCCCAAAGAAGCCGCGGCCUACCCUUCUGUGAAGUUCUGCGCCCCUUGGUAGCGAACCCCCGGCCCCACCAUGUCUAACGCAACCUACAAUAAGAUGUGGGAAGAAGCCCAAGAAGCCCUGAACUCUCUGCUGGAGGGAGAGUCUGAGAAGGCUCUGGAGCCACCCCAGGACCAGGUGAUGAUCUUCCAAAUGCUGGCCACCUUCUACAUCAAGUACGUGCAGAUCUUCCGCAACCUGGAGAAUGCCUACGACCAGAUCGUGCACCCGCAGAAGCGCAUCCUCAUCCGGCAAGUGCUGGACGCGGUCAUGGGCCGCAUCCUCGAGCUCAAGAAUGAGAUGGUCGAGCUGGAGUUUUCAGAGUUCCAUUACUUUGAUGACAUCUUGCAAGACCUCAAACUGGCCCCUGAACAUCUAGACAUUCCCAUUCCAAAGUACUUUUUGAAAGAGAAGAUGGAGGUACUAAGGGAACGAGAGAAGAUCCUCGCUCAGAUCUUGGCCAAUGCUGGAUUGGAAGCGCUGCACCUGAAGCUACCUCUAAAGAUCAUGCCCCUGGAAGAAGCCGUGAAGUUGAUCCAGAUCUCAGAGAGAGCCCGCCAAGGCCGCCUGAGAGCCAUCUUCAUGCGGCAGAUCUAUCACCAAGACAUUAGAGAAAAACAGGCCCGGCUUCAUGGGGAAAAAAUUCCAGACUUGGGCAGUGCUGCCAUCCGGAUCCAAAAGUUCUGGCGCUCAUUCCACCAGUAUAAGAAAACUGUAAAGGAAAAGGAAGAAGAAAUGAUAUUUCUAGGAAUGAACCCAUCACCACACCUGCAAAGUUUCAACAACACACUUCUCAAUGCUCAGAAAGUGAAUUUCCUACGUUAUGAGGUCCAGGAGAAACACGAGGAGGAGUAUCAAGAAGCUUUGGUUACCAUCAAGACAAAUUUGAAGAUGUUAGAAGGUGCAGACAUCAAAGAGAGCCUCCAGGACCAGAUCCGGCAUUGGUUCAUCGAAUGUAGGAAUAUGACCGGCACAUUUCCUGAUUACCCUAAGGAAGAAGAAGGGGGUUCGGCAAUUAUUUUUUCAGAAAAGACCCCACAACAGGUGAUCGAGGACAUUAUAGCCAAGGAAGAAGAAGAACUUCAAAAGAAGGCGAAAAAGAAGGAGGCAAAGGAGGAUAAGGACAAGAAAGAAAAAAAGAAAAAGAAAGAAAAGGCAGAAAAAAAGGAGACCAAAAAGAAUGAAGAAGAUGAAAGAUGGAAAAUGGCACCCAGUCUCUUCAUCCCAGACAUAGAAGAAGGAAACAAUAAAUACAAAGGAAUCUGGAGGGACAAAGAUGAGUCCUGGAAUUUCCCUCAGGGUUAUGACCCAGAGAUGAUCAAGGAGGAGAAGAGGAAAGAACUGGAAUCAGAAAUCAGACUUCAGGUGGAUGAGCUGAUGAGACAGGAACUAAAGAAACUAAAAUUAGCUGUUGACAGAGAAAAGGAAGUCCCAAGAAAAGCAAAGAAGAAAAAGGAGAAGAAGAAAGGAAGAAAGGGGAAAAAAGGCAAAAAGGAGAAGGACCUGACCCCUGACAGGACUCUGGAUUCCCUAUAUAAGGAACUUGUGGAAGAAGGGUUAUUAAUAAGACCUUUGAAAGUCCAGCUCUCUGAAUACAUUGGCGAGUUCUGUUACCUGGGAACUACCCUCCGCCACAUAUCGAUAGAACCGAUGCCAUCCCUGUCUGACGUGAGGCAGCUUAUCACCUUGUACGGGAUUCUCCCAUUAGGUUCGCAGACGGUUCAUGAGAGGGCGCCGUUGGUGAAGACGCUGCUGCUGGCGGGACCCUCUGGCGUGGGGAAAAAGAUGCUGGUCCACGCCAUCUGCACCGAGACUGGAGCCAACCUCUUUAAUCUGUCCUCAACCAACAUCGCCGGGAAGUACCCGGGCAAGACUGGCCUCCAAAUGAUGAUCCACAUGGUCAUGAAGGUGGCUCGUCUAUUACAACCAUCGGUGGUCUGGAUUGGAGAAACUGAAAAAACCUUCUACAAAAAAAUCCCCAAGACUGAAAAGGAGAUGGAACCCAGACGCCUGAAAAAGCAGCUUCCCAAAAUCAUCAAACUGAUGAAGCCCGAGGAUCGGAUCCUGAUUGUGGGCACCACCAAGCGCCCCUUUGAGGCUGAUAUCAAGCCCCUGUGCAAAGUCUACCAGAAGAUUAUCAUGAUCCCCCGGCCAGACUAUGCCUCCAGAUUCGUAUUGUGGAAACAAGUGAUUCAAAAGGCGGGAGGAAAGAUCACCAACUCACUGAACAUCAGUUGUCUCUCCAAGGUCACUGAUGGGUUCACCCAGGGACAAAUCGUCCAAGUGGUGAAAAGCACCCUCACAGACCGACGAGUCCGGCAGCAGAGGCAUAAGGCUCUGACAGCCGUGGAGUUCAUCGCCAGCCUGGCCCGGCUGGACCCCGUGUACAAAGAGGAAGAAGAGACCUUUAAGACUUGGUACUCCAAGACCCCUUUGGGUAAGAAAAGAGCGAUUGCAUUGUCUGGAGCUGAUGAAAAGGAGAAAGGAAAAGGAAAGGGGAAAGGAAAGGGAAAAGAAAAGAAAGGGAAAAAGAAGGGAAAAGAGAAAAAGUAAUUCUUCACAUCUUUAACUCUCUCAUUGAUGUUGAGGUUGACCAUUUCUCUGAAAAGAAUGAAUCAAUGCCCCAGAAUGCAGACCUAAGAAAAUCCUGCCUACUGAAGAAGCCCAAAGGAAAAAAAAUUCUUCCAAUGGUGAUGGUCCACCCAUGGGACACAACAGUUCCUGUAUUUCUCAUAUUCGUUCACUUAGUACUUUGGCACUCUCUGCUCCUAAGCUGGCAAACCACCACAAAAUAUUUUUCUCCUCAGUAUGCUAAGUAUGCUAGCCUUCCAAUGGUUUGUACAUAAU